UCUGUGAUUCUGUGAAUACCCAGUCUGGUUGUGUCAUACAUCAGAUUAAGUUGAGUGAAGGAGUGAAGGAGGAAAGUGUCUUUGCUCAGUCUGUUCUUUAUUUGUCAGAAAACAGGAUCUGUAGGAUUCAGGGGCGGGAACAGCAGAAUAAAACAAUGACAUGAAAAUGAAACCACUUAAUAGUUGAACUUAACUCUAGCAGGACAUCACAGACCAGCUACAACACAAACAUGGCCCAGCCAGCUGAUCAGCUGGAGACCCAAGACCAAGGGGUGAAGAUAGUGAUGAUUGGAAGGACUAAAGCUGGAAAGAGUGCAACAGGAAACAUCCUCCUGGGGAGAAUAGUGUUUAAGUCUGUCAUAUCUACCUCCUCUGUGACACAGGAGUGCCAGAUAGGAAGAGGAACACCAGAGGAGCAGAGUCUGACUGUCAUUGACACUCCGGGUCUGUUUGGAGGCACCACAUCAGAUUCUUCUGAUCCUCCAGAGAAGGUGAUGGAGGCGAUCAAAGAGUGCAUGCAGCUUGCGCCGCCUGGCCCUGUCGUGUACCUGGUUGUGCUUCAGCUCGGCACACUCACAGAGCGGGAGCAGCAAACAGUGAAGAUAAUCCAGAGGAGCUUUGGCAGAGAGGCGGCGCAUUACACCGUGGCUCUGUUCACCCGAGGAGACGACCUGAGGAACGCAGGAGACACCAUCGAGGAAUACAUCGGAGCAAAUCCAGACACACGUGACUUCAUCAGGGAGUGUUUGGGGGGCUACCAGGUGUUUGACAAUGAAGACGUAAAUUCACCUCAAGUUACCGAGCUACUGAGGAAGAUCACUGCCAUCGUGCAGAGAAACGGGGGGGGCAGAGCAGAGAUACACCAAGAGGGCGAGGGAGUCCUCCAUCAAGAGAAUCUCAGAGGAAAAGAGAAUGAAACAGGGAAAGAUUUAAUGUUGGCCUGCCUUGAUGGUGCUUCAGGAGGAGUAUUUUUAAUAACUUGUGGUGCAUUGUAUUUUGGGGAUUUGAAGCCGAAGGAUCUCCUAGAAAUCGCAGUAUUCACAGGCAUGAUUGGUGCAGUUGGAGGUGCUGCACGAUUCACGGUUGGUAGACUGAUCUGGAGAAGAUGACAGAAUUUAGUAAACGGUGGUGGAAAUGCUCCAAAUGUAUGACCCCUGUAGAUUCUUCGGUGCAGAAAUCCCUGAUAGAUUUGUUCUGGAGGUCCUCGAGAACCUGUGUUCUGUUCAGAUCCUUUAACCUUUGACCUCCAGUGUUCUUCUAAGAUUUCGUUGUUUGCUGGUGAACGAGUUAUGUGAGAGGGUUUUAGUCUUCAGGAUUGUUUGGGAGACACGUUUUAGUUUACUUUAGGGGUGAGGGGCGGGUGUGUGUGGCUGUAAAGAUCUAAAUUCUCGUUGGUUCAAAAAGAAAAUAUGAGUCAUUAUAGGACGAUGGAAUAAAGGUAGACAUGUAUCCAAAGCUGGAUGAUAUGGUUUAAAGGCCCCGGGUGUUUAAACAGAGGUUUUGUUUUUGUUUUGUUCAGCACUCCUCUCCUCUGUAUUUGUGUUCUGACUUUUUGGACAGUUUUGUAUUUUGUGAAGCUUCAAUAAAAACAUUUCUUU